CCGCGGCUGCUCUUCACACACGCUCCCCUCACCGUGUCUCCGAUCCGAUUGCUCGCCAUAAUCAUUAGCUCGGGCGACGAAGGUCGAAGCCAAUUCAUCGGACUCGUUCGGGUUCGUUCAGUUCAGCCCCGUACGGCUCGAGCAUUUGUUGGAUGCUUAUGCAUGCAUCAGGGAGAGGGUCCUGGACUGUGGUCGGUCCGUGACGCCGAGGACCAUUCGGAUGCACAGCUUUCUAUCCGGAAGGUCGUUUCUUUCGGGCUCGGUGGCGACGCACGAGCGCAUACGGUUGCCUUCGUAUUCUCGCGCCGAGGCCUUAUCCGGGAGUGGGAGACGAUGCUCGAGCGGCCAGGCAGACAGUCAAUGCAUUGGCUCUGGCGCUGGCACUGGCACUGGAAAUCAGAAGGAAAAGAUUAAAGCAGGGGUCAUGGGCAUCCAUACGGUCGAUCUUCGCCUCGAUGGUUUUCCAGCACAAUACGGUGCACAUGGAUGCCCCAUUGCCUCCUCCCUCCUCGCGUUCCAGGACGGCCUGCCUGGUGUAGGUAGCGCGGUGACAACGAUGCCUGCAAGGAUGGCGGUCUGUUUGCUCAUCUAGAGGAACUAGAAUUGUACAUAUGGCGGUCGUGUCCCCGACUCGCCUGCUUCAGUCGUACUGAGCAGGACGGUGUUCCCUCCCACUCGAGGAGCUCAACGGGGGUCUGUGAACUCCUGGGCACCAUCUGUAAUGUGUCUUAUGUGGAUCACGCCAUCGGAUGCAGAUGCACAUGCACAUUGAAGUGCCUAGUUGAUGUGGUGAGUGAUGGAGACUACGAUAGUGUUGGUUGCAGCACUCUAGCGGGAGGGAGGGAGGGAGGGAGGGUAGAGUGCUGUAAGUCCAUUGAGGUAAAAUUCUUCGGAGUUACAUUCCCUUUGGUCGGGAACCUUUUACUUAUCUGCUCGUCCACUCGAGUGCAUUAGGGCGUAUGUGCCAAGCGUCGUGAUAAUGCAGCUGCUGCAAACGUAGCAUGUCUUGCUCGCUGUCUGUAGGAUCCUACUUCUGGUACAGGCUCUGGCAGUGGGGCCAGCGCUGAGGUAAUCCUUUCGACCCAGAGCGUCGUGCAUAGAAGGCGCAAUUUUCAUCACUUUCAAACCCUCCAUCCGACCCUGUCACCUCAGCUUUAGCUGGUCUUGCAGUCUAGGAUGAUGAUGAACUUCUGGCACGACCACUUCUUUACGUCGGCUGCAGACAAAAAGCCCCCAAUAAUAAAACAAUUUCCAUGUCCUGUGAGGGAAAGUCCGUGACCGGGUCUCGUGCUGAUCUGGUGUCGAGGGAGACAUCGAUUCUCCACUGUUGUAGUGGGUCAUGUGUGCCUUAAACCAUGCUGUUCUACAACGUAGGCCAUGCACUCGUGUAUCUCACUCCCCCAACCAGAACCAAACCCCACCAGGCUCGCUCGCCCUCGCGUCCCAUCCAUCUCGCUCUCCAAGACUCCAUCCAGACAAAGAACCAUGGCAACAGCUUCCACUAGAAAUCGACGCGAGGAUCCAGGACAUCCCUCUCCCCAACGCAAAUGGGGGAGUGUACUAGUCACUCUCGUAUUUUUCCAUUCCGUCUGCUUCUCUUACACCUCUCGCAAUCAGUUUGUAAAAUGUGAAAGGUUUCCUAGUAAUUCUACUCUAACAUCUCUUGCGAUCC